UGGACAGUAGUUUCCCAGCCAUGGCUGUAUGUCAUUAUUGUCAGUGGUGCAUGCGUCUGCGUACGUGGUGGUGGUGGGUGGGGGGUUGGUUUCGGGCUUUUAUAGUUCACUAUUGCAAUAAUUUCCAUGAAAGCGCGCUCUCCACAGACAUUCCUCCACUGGCUCCUCCUUCCUUCCAUUCCGAGUGCUGCGCUCGUCACGUGUCACGCAGCCCACCAAUCAGCGUGCAGCAGAGCUGGCCCGGAGCGCAGCAGGCAGCCGCAGCGUCCUCAGACUCCAGGGCAGCCAGCCACAGCUCCACCGACUCCGCCGAGCGACCGCAGCGGCGGCGGUGGGAGGGAUUGUUUUGGUUAAAGUUUAGGGCUUGUUGCUUCACGUUUCAGACCUGCGGUCUCAUAAGUUUUUUUGUUUAAGAUGUUUUGUGGCCUUUUUCGUUUGUUGCCCGGCUUUCCCCACCUACUCGGAGGAGAGACUCUGCGUGAAGCGGUCUUAAAAGCGGAGCAACUUUUCCCCGGCCAGCCAACGGGGCUGACCUAUGCUAAGCUAACCCGCUAGCCAAGAAGUCUGGAAUGCAGUCGGGGAGUUUGUGUUUACAGUCCACAAACCAGCAGGCAGACUUCACAUUUAGCGACUCCGCUGCUACCAGCUGCCUGCCUGCCUGCGCGUCUGAACGGGACUCCAGCCCCGGGCAGGGUCUGCUUUUUCUAUCGGGUCGGGCGGCGCAGGUGCACCUCCUGCGGCACCUGCGCGGACUCGGUAACUUCGCUCCGUCGGUACACGGCUAACUUCGGUCCGUUCCCCGGGACAUCGGGAUAUCAGUCGGCCGCUUCUAGGAACCACUUUAGCGGGUAAUGGUUAACUUUGAGUCGCUCCUAAUGGUCAGCCCGUGAAGCGGCGGGGUUCGCUGAGCCGUGUUUCGGCUAAUCUUAGCGAGCAGCCUCGCUAGGUUGCUCGUUGACCCUCAUACUUUUACCGGAGUGGCGACGUGGAGACUCGCUGGUAGACGCGCUCUCUCCCCCCUCCAGCAGGACUUUGGACACGGUCUGACGGCGCUGGGUGCUGCGGGGAGGCUUCCCCUCUUUUCUCUUCGCUAAUGUGACAGUAUGAGUGUUUUAAAAAGUUACAUUUUACCCCUUUAAAGUUUUUUUUUUUUUAGCUCAAUAAGCUCUGCACCCUAUGGUGCCGCUACGGCCACCGAGAAAUGGAUGUUUCGCAGGCCGCUUUCCCAAGCGGUGAAGGGCGGCCGGGAGGCGGUGGGACCGGGGAACAUGCCUGGACAGAGUGCCCGGCCGUCCGGUCGUGGGCUCACUCUGCCCCGCUGUGUCCCACUCGGUCCCUGUGGACCGCCGCGUACGACUACGAGGCGAGCGGCGAGGACGAGCUCAGCCUCCGGAGGGGGGACGUGGUGGAGGUCCUGUCCAAGGACGCCGCCAUCUCCGGGGACGAGGGGUGGUGGACGGGCAAGCUGAACCACCGCGUCGGGAUCUUCCCUUCCAACUAUGUCACGUACCAGCCCGCCAUCUACCGCCUCCCCGCGGCCAGCGGGUCGGCGGGGGCGUCGGAGCGAGUCCCCAGCUCGCCCACGCGGAUCCCCUUCAGCGAGCUGGUGCUGGAGGAGAUCAUCGGCGUGGGCGGCUUUGGCAAAGUCUACCGGGGGACGUGGAAAGACCAGGAGGUGGCGGUGAAGGCGGCCCGGCAAGACCCGGACGAGGACAUCACGGCCACCGCUGCCAGCGUGCAGCAGGAGGCCAAGCUGUUCUCCAUGCUGCAGCAUCCCAACAUCAUCAAGCUGGAGGGGGUGUGCCUGGAGGAGCCCAACCUGUGCCUGGUGAUGGAGUACGCCCGAGGCGGGACGCUGAACCGGGCGCUGACUGGACGGCGCAUCCCUCCGCACAUCCUGGUCAACUGGGCCGUGCAGAUCGCACGCGGGAUGCACUAUCUGCACGAGGAGGCCGUGGUGCCCAUCAUCCACCGCGACCUGAAGUCCAGUAACAUUUUAUUACUUGAAAAAAUUGAGAACGACGACAUCGGGAGGAAGACCUUGAAGAUCACGGAUUUUGGCCUGGCCAGGGAGUGGCACAAAACCACCAAGAUGUCGGCUGCAGGCACCUACUCCUGGAUGGCCCCCGAGGUCAUCAAGUCGUCUCUCUUCUCCAAAGGCAGCGAUGUCUGGAGCUACGGUGUCCUGCUGUGGGAGCUGUUAACAGGGGAGGUGCCCUACCGAGGGAUUGAUGGCCUGGCCGUCGCUUAUGGCGUCGCUGUCAACAAGCUGACACUUCCGAUCCCCUCCACCUGCCCCGAACCCUUCGCCAAGCUCAUGGAAGAGUGCUGGGACCAGGACCCUCAUUUUCGGCCCUCCUUCUCCUGCAUCCUGGAGCAGCUGUCAGCCAUCGAGGAGGCAGUGAUGGCCACCAUGCCUCAGGACUCCUUCCACAGCAUGCAGGACGACUGGCGGGUGGAGAUCCAGGAGAUGUUCGACGAGCUCAGGACCAAAGAGAAGGAGCUGCGUUCCAGGGAGGAGGAGCUGACGAGGGCCGCUCUGCAGCAGAAGUCUCAGGAGGAGCUGCUGAAGCGCCGCGAGCAGCAGCUGGCCGAGCGCGAGAUCAACGUGUUGGAGCGAGAGCUCAACAUCCUCAUCUUCCAGCUCAACAAGGACAAGCCCAACGUGAAGAAGAGGAAAGGCAAAUUCAAACGCUCCCGCCUUAAACUCAAAGAUGGCAACCGCAUCAGCCUGCCCUCAGACUUUCAACACAAGAUAACAGUGCAGGCGUCGCCGUCGAUGGACAAGCGACGCAGCCUCCACAGCACCAGCUCCUCUCCUCCCAGCAGCCCCACGCUCAUCCCCCGGCUGCGGGCCAUUCAGCUUACCCAAGAUGAGAGCAACCGUACGUGGGGCCGCAGCUCCCUCUUCAGGCCGGAGGAGUUUGAAGAUGUGAAAAAAGGAAUCAAGAAGAAGGGAAGAACCUGGGGCCCCAGUUCAGUACAGAGCAAAGAAAGGCCUGCUGCUGCUGAGAGGGUGCGUCCACUGUCAGACGGCAGUAAUCCCUGGUCCACCAGCUUACUGAAGUCCCAGAAGUCGGUCCCCCUCGCUGCUCUGUUCGGUGAACAAGCGGGGAGGGAUGAAGCGUUCCCCCAGGAAUGUCCUGACAGCAGCUCCAAACCAAAGCAGCUCAAGUUCCCCAACCAGGUGUACAUCGACCUACCUCUGUGGAGGGACGAGACGCCGCCUCAGAGCCCCGCCGCUAACGCCGCAUCAGGAGAGGCGGGAAGUCCGGGCGCACCUCCAGAGACUCCAGACGACCCGUGCACCACCACCUCCACCUCCUCCGCCUCCACGACGCCACAGCUGACCCCCACCAACAGCCUGAAGAGGGCGCGCCGCAAAACCGACUUUGCGUUGUAUGGCUGCGGCUCGCUGCUGGCCUCGGUGGUCCUCGGCUAUGACAUCAGGGAGGCCAUCAAGAACUCGGCCCCUCCGGAGGACUGCGAGCCCCCGAGAGAGGAGAAAGAGAAGGAGAAGAAGAAGAAGGAGGGCUUGUUUCAGCGCGCUACCCGCUUCCGCCGCAGCACCUCCCCGCCGGGCGGGCGCUCCCGCAAAGAAGAGGCGUCGUCAAACCCCGCCGGCACGCCGCCGGUCAACCUGGUCUCCAUGUCGGCCAUCAUGGAGUGCAACUCCACCAAGUGCCUGUUGCAGCCGGAGGCAGAGGUGUCCGAGUCCGGUCCUGGAAAGGCCGAGGCUAACAAUCACCAGCCGGCGCCGCCCAGACCCAGCAGGGCGGCGUCUGCAGACGGCCAGAGUAAGAAGACGGCAGCAGAAACACAGACGGCAGCGCAGACUCAGCCUCGGCCCCCCGAGCAGAGCAACCACAACACAGGAACCCGUCUGCGCAGGAAGAAGUACGCCUCCAGCCACAGCCCCCAUAACGGCCCGCGCCCGCCGCCCCCCGCUCACAGGAAGCAGGAGAAGGAGACGGAGGGGAAGCCGGCGAGCGGAGACCCCGUCCCGCGGCCGAGGCCCGUCUCGUUCCGGGCCAAGCCGCACGCCUGGGCGCUGCUGCGGGGGCGCAACAAGAGCUACUCGCUGGGCCACUACUCCGGGGAGAAGACGGCCCAGGACCUGACCGUGGUGGGCUGCUCGCUGCUCGACAUGGACACCGAGGGGCAGAAACGGGACUGCACCGUGCCGCUCUGCCGCAUCCAGAGCUCCCCGGGACGGCCCUCCCUCUUUGAGCUGGAGAAAGAGUUCUUCUCCUAGGAGCCCGGAGGAGCGGCCCGCUCCGCUCCGAGCUGGAGACGCACGCUGCCUUCGUCUCUCUCUGCUAGAACGGAGGUUUCCUCCUGGAGCCGCAGCACGGUGACCGCGGUGUCACCAGAGCCCUAAAUGUCUGAGAACUGCCUUACACACCGCCAUGAUCCCAGAACCGACCCGCAGCGGGCAGAGCUGGACCGCCUCUGGUCGCUGCUGCCUCGGUUCUCUCUUUCACUCUCUGCAGCUCAACGUUGACCGCCGCUGCGUCUCAGAACACUCACCUUUUUAUUUAUUUUUAUUGGUAAUUUAAGACGAAGUGACUUAGCGGGCAGCGGGACGCGUCAGCCUCACUGCUGCGUCAUCAGUCCUCGCAGAUUUAGCCUCUCACUCAUGAAUCAUGCAUGCACCCAUGGAAAUGUUAAAGAAACAGAAGGAAAACGUGACUUUUUAACCGCUGUCAGCCUAAUGCUGCCGUCGUUUUCCACCGCAAACGUGUUUUACGACUGUUUUCUGAGUCAGCCAUGCUGCCGUAUGGGACCAGGUUACAUUUUUAAACUUAGCGCUGGUGCGUCUGUUGCUGCACCCAGACUGGCCUGGAGAUGUUUAGCCAUGCAGGUAGAAAAAAAACAAAAAAAAAACACUGGAAGUCUUACAAAGCAGACAUGGAAUCUAUUCUUGUAAAUCUGUUCUUGCUGUUAAUGUAUUUAUAGAGAUGUUUGUGUCAUUCUGUUCGUGGUCCUCGGCACACUGAAGCGCACUGAGGGCGGCGGAUCAAACGCGGAUGUUCGGAUCAGGAAAAACUCCCGAUGGGAGCCGCUGGGUUGAAACUAGAACACGCGCAUACGGCUGCGUCUAAAACAGGGGAUUCAAAAAGUCCAGUUCAUAUCCGUUCAUCACACACAGAGGGAUUGUACGUUUAAUACUGAUGAUUAUGGCUUAUAGCUGAUAAAAUCUCUGUUUCUAGGAUGAAAUAUUACAAUGAGACCAGUGAGAAAAGGAUUUGCCUGCUGAGAAGCAUGCAGCGAACAGUUUACCCUCAGCCUGCUGUCCCUUUGCAUCAUGGAGGCCGUCGGCCCGUGGUUCUGCUGAGGUGUUCAGGAAGCCCAGCUUGCUUUGAUGGUGGCGUUGUCGGCUUCCUCCUGAUGACCACCCGUAGGUCCUCUGCAGCGUUCGGGUCCAGCCAGUUUGCUGGGAGACGAGCGCAGCGUGGCCACGGUCAUUAAAGCUGGUGUCGGUACUUUUAGCCCCGCGGGCCGCCGUCACCAUGAAGUUGGCGUCUGCAUGAAGGUUGUCAGCAGAAAGAGGCAUCAGGUGCUCCAAAACUGACUGUCUGCUUCACAGAUCCCCUAAGAGGUGGCUUCACCUGUUACUUGUACAUCUUUUUUCCUUCCACUCAACUUUCCAUUAAUAGGCCUUGGGAUGGUUGUCUGUUAACAGGCAGCUUCUUUAGAAGAGCUCUGAUCCCCUGUGGAGGACGUCCAGUCAGUAGCCUCCUCUGUAGCUGUGGGGCCCAAAGGUCCUUUCUUUCUUGGUUUUAUGGAAUAUUUCAAUUUCCAUCAUUUUUAAACCAUAAUUGUCAAAAUAAUGAAUGUGUUUACCGCAAGUUUUACUUCUUGGGGUUGAAUUACUGAAAUAAGUGUUUCUAUUGAGGGACCCCGGUAUUAUUAAAGCACAUCACUGACUAAGUGUGCAGAGCUGGAGCUCUGCUCAGUGACACCUGUGCCUUUAUUUCAAGCCUCUCCCAUUUUUACCUUCGUCUGACCCAGAUAAAUCCAUCUGAACUGUUACAGCUAAUAACCUGCACAUUUGGUCAAACCAGAUUCUGUUUUGCAUCAGGCGGUCUAUUUCAACUUAAAACUGUUUUUUUUUUGUUUUGUUUUUUUUUUCAAGCUCAGGAAAGUCUGGAGACAUUUAAAAUUGGUUGAACCUUUAUUUUCUUAAUGCUAUUCAUCUCCUCAGGACUUAUAAAGGCCUUUAUCUUUAUCUCAGCAGAUUUCACCUUUAAAUAUGCACUACAUGGAGGGGGGGGGGCUUUCAGGGCUUUUAAUUCCUGAAAAGUAUCCCCAACCUCUCACUUAUUUCACGGUUGUCUUAUGGAGUUUCCUAGAAAGGGCUAAAGAUAAACGUAGAGGACCGUCUGUGUCGCUGAUGUGAGAACCCGGCUGAGGACAUGUCUCACUCGCUGGUCCUAAAACUGUUAAAGGUGCUAUCUGUCUACAAGCCUGAUUUCUUACCCUUUUUUAUAUAAAUAUAUAUAUUUGAAGGAUAUCUGUAACUAACGCCCUGGUCCUGAGCCCCUUUACUCGUGUGCAGCUUUGACAUAUUUUUGUAGGACAUUCCUGACAGACCAGUCCGCUGCAGCGACGGGACCAGAUUGAAGUGGACCACCCCUGAUAUUUGUCUGCAUUCAGAUCCAGAACCACUAAUUCAGCCUGCUGCUAUGUGAGGAAGAGGAGGAGGAGGAGGAGGAGGAGAGGCCCGUCAGCUGAUCAAACCACGUGAAACUUUACCGAAGUCACCGAACGCCGACUGGGUGGCAUUCAGUGAGCCGCGUUUGUUAUCCUGACAGUAUUGGUUACGUCGUGCCUGAUUGAUCAAGAGUUAUCAUGUUUAUCAACGUUUUAAAUAAAGUCUACAACAAGCCUA